CCUAGUAUAUCAAUCAAAUUAGGAUUUUACCUUUUUCACUUUUCACGAUUGAAUUGAAAAAACCACGAAUUGACGCGUAGUUACGAUUCAGAUUCACCUUCUUCCUUCGAUUCAACCAAGCUUCAUCAAUGGCGGCACAGUAACAGCGAUAAAGAUCACAAUAUUUCAAAUCAUUACCAAUGGCGGAAAACGUAAUCGGUUCACCACCAUUGACUAUGGACAACCCCUCUUCUUCAAACCCUACAAUUCUAUCUCCUUCACAAACCCCCCAACAACAACAACAAUCUCCUUCAAUUCACAUGAAUUCGGCUUCACCAUCUCUCUCUCAAGAUCAACAACAACAUUCGCAGUUGCAUAACAUCAACAACCUCAACCCUAAUAACCCUAACCCUAAUGUUUCCACUUUUCAACUUCAACAAAACCUACAGCGUUCACCUUCCAUGUCCCGCCUUAAUCAAAUUCAACCUCAGCAGCAGCAGCAGCAACAGCAAAUUGCCAGGCAGCAAGCUGGACUUUAUGGCGGCCAGAUGAAUUUCGGUGGAUCAGCUGGUGUAUCUGCUCAGCAACAACAACUAAGCGGCGGUGUUGGUGUUGGUGUUGGCAUAGGUGGGAGUGCUUCCAACUUGUCGCGGUCGGCGUUGAUGGGACAGAGUGGUCACUUCCCAAUGUUGUCUGGUGCUGGAGCUGCUCAGUUUAAUCUGUUAACUUCGCCGAGGCAGAAGAGUGGGUUGGUGCAAUCCUCACAAUUUUCUUCUGGUAAUUCCGGUGGACAAUCACUGCAAGGAAUGCAACAAGCGAUCGGGAUGAUGGGGUCGUCCAAUCUAGCCUCACUGAGGGCUAAUGGAGGUCUUUAUGCCCAGCAGCAGCAGCAGCUUCGAUUGACUCCUAGCCAAAUCAGGCAGCAACUCUCACAGCAGGGUUCGCUAAACAAUCAACAGGUGCAAGGUUUACCAAGGUCAUCAUCCCUUGCUUUUAUGAAUUCUCAGUUGUCCGGAUUGUCUCAGAAUGGACAGCCUGCCAUGAUGCAUAACUCUUUAACACAGAAUCAGUGGCUUAAGCAAAUGCCAGCAAUGUCUGGCCCUGCCUCCCCGUUGCGUCUUCAACAACAUCAGAGGCAGCAGCAGCUGGCUUCAUCUGCUCAACUGCAACAAAACUCUAUUACCCUAAGCCAACAGCAAUUGUCCCAGUUGAUGCAGCAGAAAUCCAUGGGCCAGCCUCAGCUUCAUCAACAGCAACAGCAGCAUCCAUCCUCCCAGCAGCAGCAACAACUUUUACAGCAACAACAACAACAAUCUCAACUACAAGCAUCUGUUCAUCAACAGCAACAGCAGCAGUCUCCGAGAAUGCCAGGACCUUCAGGCCAAAAAACACUAAGUUUAACAGGAUCACAGCCAGAUGCUACUGCAUCUGGUACGACUACACCUGGUGGAAGUUCAAGCCAAGGGACUGAAGCAGCAACAAACCAAGUACUUGGAAAGAGAAAGAUACAAGAUUUAGUUGCACAGGUGGAUCCACAGGGUAAGCUGGACCCUUCAGUUAUAGAUCUUCUUUUAGAGCUUGCUGAUGACUUCAUUGAUACUGCAACUACACAUGGUUGCCUUAUGGCAAAACAUAGAAAAUCAUCAACUUUGGAGUCCAAGGAUUUAUUGCUGCAUCUAGAGAAAAAUUGGGAUUUGACAAUUCCAGGCUAUUCAAGUGAGGAGAAGAAGUGCCAGAAUAGACCGCUCUCCAAUGACCUUAACAAAAGGCGGCUAGAUGCGGUUCGCACAUUGAUGGAAUCGUCUUCACACCCCCAACCAACUAUUAACAAUUCAAAAGAUAUCAGUAGACAGGGACAUCCUAACCCUGUAGCUUCCAAUCAUCUAAUAAAACCCUUGAAUUCAGACCAGUUGGUUUCUCAUUCAUCUGGUUCUCAAAUGUUACAGCAGAUGACAAGAUUUUAAUAAACCUGUCUAAUUCUGGUCUUCAUUCUACUAGGUUACACUGCCUGUAAGCUCUGGUCUGAAACAGAAUGAAGAAAUUGGUUGCUGUAAUUUAUUAGAAUUUGAGAAAAAUUGUAAAUAAUUUGUAUUUAGAUAUGAUUUAGCUGUUAAAGGAUCCCUUGCCCACUUAAUAGUUAAACUUUCAUUGUUUGGCCCAAAUAGUGGAUUUGUUAUGGCCAUUAAAGUCUAUAUAUUCAUUUGGUUAUUUAAAUUUUUUGUAUACUUGCUAUGGACUUAGAAAAACUUUUGUAAUGUUUUUCAGUUUUGAA